GUGACGCUGCCCCCGCUGCCCAAAAUGUCGGCGCCCAGAGGGAGGUAGAGAGCCCCCACUGGCCACUGCCCUCGCACCUCGCCACCAUGGAUGACGCCCCACUGCCGGCGCCGCCCGCCCCGGCGCCGGCCCCCGCACCCCCCGCCGCCACGCCGCGGGUCCCAUUCCACUGCAGCGAGUGUGGCAAGAGCUUCCGCUAUCGCUCGGACCUGCGGCGCCACUUCGCCCGCCACACGGCCCUCACCCACGCGUGUCCACGCUGUGGCAAGGGCUUCAAGCACAGCUUCAACCUGGCCAACCACCUGCGCUCGCACACUGGUGAGCGGCCCUAUCGCUGCUCUGCCUGCCCCAAGGGCUUCCGGGACUCCACCGGCCUGCUGCACCACCAGGUCGUCCACACGGGCGAGAAGCCCUACUGCUGCCUGGUCUGCGAGCUGCGCUUCUCCUCCCGCUCCAGCCUGGGGCGCCACCUCAAGCGCCAGCACCGCGGGGUGCUCCCGGCUCCGCUGCAGCCCAGCCCCGGCCUCCCGGCCCUGAGCGCGCCCUGCUCCGUCUGCUGCAACGCGGGGCCCUGCUCGGCGUGCGGGGGCGCGGCCGCGGGCGAGGGCCCCGAGGGGGCUGGGGCGGGCCCGGGCGGCUGGGGGCUGGCGGAGGCGGCGGCCGCGGCCUCGCUGCCCCCGUUCGCCUGCGGCGCUUGCGCGCGGCGCUUUGACCAGGGCCGCGAGCUGGCGGCGCACUGGGCCGCGCACACCGACGUGAAGCCCUUCAAGUGCCCGCGCUGCGAGCGCGACUUCAACGCGCCGGCGCUGCUGGAGCGGCACAAGCUGACGCACGACCUGCAGGCGGCCGGCGCGCCCCCGGCGCAGGCCUGGGCCGCGGGGGCCGCCUCGGAGGCGGCGGGCGAGGGCGGCGGGGCAGGGGCAGGGGCAGGGGCGGGCGCCGCGCCCCCGGCCUGGGACGGCGGGCUGCUGCUGGGCCGCGCGGGGGGCGGCGUGCCCGAGCUGGGGGCGCUGCUCCAGAGCGGCGGGGAGGCGCCGGCGGCCGCGGCCGAGCCGUCGGAAGACACCCUGUACCAGUGCGACUGCGGGACUUUCUUCGCGUCGGCCGCGGCGCUGGCCGGCCACCUGGAGGCGCACUCGGGGCCCGCCGCCUUCGGCUGCGGCCACUGCGGCGCGCUGUACGCGGCGCUGGCGGCCCUGGAGGAGCACCGGCGCGCCAGCCACGGCCAGGGCGCGGGCGCCGAGGCGGCGGCCCCCGAGGGCGCGCCCGCGGCCGGGGAGCCCGCCGCCGGCUCGGGCCGCGGCAAGAAGAUCUUCGGCUGCUCCGAGUGCGAGAAGCUGUUCCGCUCGCCGCGCGACCUGGAGCGGCACGUGCUGGUGCACACCGGCGAGAAGCCCUUCCCGUGCCUCGAGUGCGGCAAGUUCUUCCGGCACGAGUGCUACCUCAAGCGCCACCGCCUGCUGCACGGCCCCGAGCGGCCCUUCCCCUGCCACGUGUGCGGCAAGGGCUUCAUCACGCUCAGCAACCUCUCUCGGCACCUGAAGCUGCACCGCGGCAUGGACUAGGCGCCGCCCCGGGGCGGGACCCCCGCGGGAGCCCGGCC